AUGUUUUGGGACGAGACUGAACAAGGGGAUGCGGAUGUGGAGCCAGUAGUCCCAAAAUGUGAGGAUGCACUCACAACCAUAUUCUUACACUUCACCCUAAUACCAGCUGUGGUCAUUGUGGGAGUGCUUUCUUUGCUCCAGAGAAGAGCCAAGACACAUGCAAUUGACCAGAGUCUCCCCUUCCUGCAAAGACGAUUUGGUAUUGUCAUACCCAUGGAUGCUAUGGGCUUCAGUAAUCGCUGGUCGUAUGGAUUUGCGUUUGGGGCCAUUUACUAUAGUGUACUGGAGCUGAUCUAUGACCAACACAUGACUAAAUAUUUUAAACCAUGGGCCUUUGCUAUAGCGUAUCUGAUUGGAGGCUUUGAAGUGGGCAUGGCAUACUUUCCUUUGUUUGCCUGUCUGUCAACACCAUACGUGAGAACUGGGGCUGUGAUGGGAAUAUUCUAUUCCAUAAUGUGGAUUAUCCUUGUCGGCUGGGAUUGGUAUACUUGCUCCGAUGGGAUGAGGAGCAUCGCUGGGACAGCAGCAGAGGGCAACAGGCAUGGCCUGACCAACAUACCACAGCGUUGUUUCACGCAGUGUAAUCCUAUGCUCGGACUCCAGGAGGAGUGGGGCCGCUACCAAAAGCUGAUUUACCAGUGGCCCCGGAUGCUCUCUCUUAUCUUUCUCUUGGUUCGUUAUGUCUUUGUGCUGAUCAAUGCAGUGCGGAAGGAGAACAAUCCUGAGCAGAAACCUAUGCAUGCUCACCUGAAGGAGCAUGUAAAGAGGCUGCUGAGAAGAGAAGCGGUGUGCAGCAAAUCACUCAACUGGUUCCAGAGAAAUAUCUAUGAGUGGGACCCUCACUUCAAGUUCCCCAACCGGAUUAUUGGGACUUGCAUUAUAUCUUUUCUUGUCCUAUAUACGUUUGUGUUCAAAGAUCUUGAAGUUAGUAUUUAUGCUUACAACAAGUGGUUCCAGGGUUUAUCACUUGAUUUUCUGCAAUGUUUCUAUGUGACCAUUGUAUCAGCCAGUCUCCACAUGGGAAUCUCAAUUUGUCAUGUGUUAGCCUGUUACAGAAAACAUAUCAAGAGACUGUGGAAAGGACAAAAGGACUUUAUCCCAAAGAAGUUACAAAACCUGGAUCCAGCUGUCAGUUUGGGCUCAAUUGCAAAAUACUCUGGUUGGCAGAUUGCCUUUAACUUUUGGGGUUAUGCAAUUGGAUGUGCUCAGACAGACGGUCCUGACACAUGCGCUGUGAAGAAAAAUGCCUCCAGUGCACUUUGCUUCCUCAGGGCCGUGAUGCCUUUACGCAUUGCAGCAGUCCACGCCCCCCUCAGUCUGGGACUUCAGAGCUUUUUCCAAUCAACGAUUGUGCCGGGAUUUGUUGGUUUUGCCUUGAUAUUUGUAAUUUUCAAGCUCCAAGAUUUUUUGGUUCAGCUGUUCUUCCUUCAGGACAAAUUAUCUCAGACCGACGAGAAAAAGCCUCUUGCCCUCAACAACAGGAAGGCAUUUUACUGCUUCAACUACUUCUUCUUCUUCUACAAUGUGGCGAUGGGAAUAACAAGUUGCUUCAUACGGAUAAUGAUCAGCAUCGUGUUGGGGUCAUUUCUCGUGGCUCGCAUCGAUCGAAGCAUUUUGCAGAAGGGAUACGAGACAUUUGACAGGGGUUAUAAAACUUGGGUUGGGAUGAUCUUAGCCGACCACAACCACAACAAUCCAGUGAUGGUCUGCUUCAUCGAGCUGCUGCUAUCUCAUGUUCAGGAAAAACAGUUUGAGUGCAACUAUACUGAGAUCAACAGCCCUUUAGAGACCUGCUGUGUUAUGAAGCGUUGGAGAUUGCUUUACACGUUACUGAAGAACCCUCAAUUGAUCCCACUCCGAAAGCAGCACCUGCGCGCGAAGGUUCCUCUGAAGUUAAAAUCCUCCACCCAGGCCGACGUGGUGGUGCAGGCCUGGCUCAUGCGCUCCGAGACGGCCACGGAGAUGGUCAACGAACAGUGCAAAGCUGUAUGA